AUGACUAACAGGCAAAUUUCUGAUAAUUACUCUAACUACAUAAAUGACAAAUAUGCCAGCACAACUAUAACUGGUGACGAAUACGCUAAUCUAAAUAGUUACCCUAGUACUAUUAAUAGUAUGUCCAGCAAAUCACAACCAAAUGCUAAAUUCUGUAAUAACGAUAUCGAAAAACUUAUUAAUGAUCCACUAAUUAACCGUAAGGACUUGAUUAUGCUUCUAAGGAAACGCAUGUUCAAUAACAGUAGCGUACUAAAGUUCAAUAAUGUUGCGACGUGUUUUGAAAAUGAUAUCGUUAAUAUGAAUAUAUCAGCUAAUAAGCCCGCAAAGUCUAUACGAACUGAUGUUGUUAACAGUGAUUACAAAUUUGAUUUGUUACACAAUGGUAAAUCACUCAGCAGUAUACCAAGUAUCAAACAUCCAUUAGUAAUCAGAGAUCCUAUAAUAUCCCAAAUAAACAAUAGAAAGAUUAUUAGCGAUGUCGAGAUAAUCUCAGCACUUAAUAAAAAGGAGUUGAGCGUAUUACAGAUAAAUAAGUCUGAUGGCGCUAUGUGCUGGGAAAGUUUACUACUAGAACUAUACAACAUCCCAUUUGAAUUGAGUGAUGAUAAGUUGGAAUGUUUGUUUAGGAUGUGUAAAUUUAAGAUAAUCAGCCUGCAAAGGGAGCAGCAUUUGUUUAACCGUCCCAGUGACGCUACAAUUUGUAUAAGUUACAAUACCAAUGAUUUAAAGGUACUAGAAAUUGGGUGUAUGUUGGCAUCCAGAGCUAUUUUGUUGCAUAUAAAACAGAUUAUAACCUAUUAA